CGGGGGAAAUAAAGGAAUCGAUCCUGCUGUUCUCAGCCGCUCGCCCCUCUCUCUUUUCCUCACCAUGGAGCUCUCCCUUCUUCCGUUCGGUCAGCAACAGCGGCUACCAAGCUCUCGUCUCGACGCUCUCCACCACCCGAGCCUCUUCCCAUCCUCUGCAAGAACGCUCCUGAAGCGAAAGUUGGCGUCUUUGCCGUGUCGCUGCUCCAAAGACCCAUCUGCGAGCCCGGCGGGUUUGAGUUCGGUCUUUUCUGAGGUUCUUCCGGCAGAUGGAAGGAGAUGGUUCUUGGGCUUUCUCCUAGCUUCAGCUGCUGGGCUCAAUGUUUGUGGCAAAUCUGAUGCUGUUUCCACCAGUCGAAGAGCUCUUAGAGCAGCAAAGAUACCUGAGAGUGAUUUCACUACUCUUCCAAAUGGUCUGAAGUACUAUGAUUUAAAGGUUGGAGGUGGGCCUAAAGCCGUGAAAGGAUCACGCGUUGCGGUACAUUAUGUUGCGAAGUGGAAAGGUAUAACUUUUAUGACUAGUAGGCAAGGGCUUGGUGUUGGUGGUGGAACGCCUUAUGGUUUUGAUGUUGGCCAAUCUGAGAAAGGAACCGUCUUGAAAGGAUUAGAUUUGGGGGUUGAAGGAAUGCGAGUCGGGGGCCAGAGAUUGCUGAUUGUUCCGCCUGGUUUAGCUUAUGGAAGUAAAGGAGUUCAAGAGAUUCCACCAAAUGCAACAAUUGAGUUAGAUGUUGAACUUCUAGCAAUCAAGCAAAGUCCUUUUGGGUCUAGUGUGAAGCUUAUUGAAGGGUGAAAAUUAUAUCCUUUGUUCGCCUCACUGGCUUAGAACAGAGGGAAUGCACUACGAAUGUUCCCCUGAUUUGUUUAUCAUUGUGGAAAUCAAGGAAUUUGUUUGGCAAAGGAACAACGUGAAAUUAAGUAAUUCGAUCUUGUACACAACAGAAUAAAACCAGAUAGCAUGACAACAGUUUCAAUGUAUGUCGAAAGUCAGCUUGUAAUUAUUCUUUAGAAGUCAAUUCAAUAUGCUUUAUUGAUGGCA